ACAAAAAAAACAAAUUGUCUAACUAGCAUUUAGUUAGUAAGUAGCAAUGCUAGCAAUCACAACACUAGUCGGACUUAUUUUAAUUGGUCUUUGUUUUAGCCUAACAAAGGCUCACCCAUUUGAUUUCCUUGAUGAAUCUAUCGAUGAUUUUGAUGACUGUUUAAGCCAAAAUAAUAUAACCUUAGAUGAGUAUGAGCAAUUUGAGUUAUUUGAGAAUUUGAAAAAUAUUCUUAAUGAGAAAGUCGAAUGGAGAUAUAAAUGUAAUAUUCACUGUCAAUUAGAGAGACAACCAAGGCCAUGGUUAAAUGAACAAGGCAAAAUGGAUUUGCAGCUGAUGAAUAUCAGUAAUACGGAAACAGGUGAAGCUAUUGCCACUUGCAUGACGAAUGCUGAGGAUGAACAAUGUUCGUAUAGCUUCAAAUUGGUUUUAUGUGCAUUUGCCAACAAUUUUCCAUUGAUUGAAUAUGAAACUGAGAUGGAAAUCGAAGAAUACGCUGAGGAAACAAAUAAUGAUGAUGAUGAUUAUGAUAAUUGUGGAUGAAUGGAAAGGAAAGUUAAAUAAAAUGUAUAUAUUUUCAGAAAACCAUAAAUUUAUAAAUGAAUUUGCCUAUGCGCUAAUUUGCAUAAUUAAAUGAAAUUGCAUGAGGCGUACCACAGGGCGUAUGAAUCAAAACGAAAUCUAAUUAAUCGAAUUGCCAUACAAACACACACACAUACCAACAAAAUGGUCAACUUUAAUUGAUUUGCCACAUAUAUUUGCAUAAACAUUCAUAUAUAUAUAUACAUAACUCAGGUGAAGCACAAUAAAUUGUUAUAUUCCCAGUGGAGAUUUUGCA